AAAAAUGUCUGAUUUUAUGCCCACUGAGAAUGACCUGAUUAUGAACCCUAUUACUGGGAAGAUGAAUAUUGGCAAGAAUGUCGAUAGUUACGAAGAAUUCAUCAACUCGCACAAAGGCAAGUCCGCCUUCACCAAAGAUGAUGUGUUUUAUAACAGACUUAGCAAUUAUGCCAAAGAGGCUAUGAAGAAGGGGAAUAAGAUACUCAACUUCUCCCAGACACCUGAUUCUGGAACCCUCCUCUCGUUUAAUAGGAGUGAAGAUCGAGCUCCCAAGGGUAAGAAGAAGAUAUUCUUGGGCGGAAGGAUUAUUGACAAUAAUUACAAUUUCCACCCUGAACAGGAUAGUGACAGGCUCGCCUGCUUCGACACCAUGGGACAGUACGAUAGCUCAGAUAGAAAGGGGAAAGCUAAUAAUUUUAAGAAUUUUAUUAAAAGAUUGAAGGAAAAUAAGCCAAAGAAGCAACUGAUCCAAGUCGAUAAGGAUGAUUUCACCAGUGGACACGGAACCCUUAAGAAUAAUGAUAUUCAAGGAUCUUCCCCAGCAAAAUUUCAGAGAGGAAGGAAGUUGUUUGUGGAUAGAAACUCUAUAAAGACUGUUCUUGGACAAUCUCCAGGAAAAUAUCAUGGAUUUGCUCAUGAUUAUACUCAAGGCGGUACAUAUGCCUCUGAUGUAAACCAAAACAUUAUCAUCUCAGAUUUCAGCAAUUACUCAAAGAAAUAAAGUGGCUAAUUUAAACUAUGAUGUAAAAGACAAAGAGGAAGGAUCUUUCCCGCAUAUUCUCACUAGAAGCAAUCUCAGCUCAGAAUAUCUCUUAAAUAGGAGCCUUAACACGGGGAAAUUUCCCAAUGAAAAUGAAGUUUACUCAAAUUUAAGCAGCAAAAAUAGGAUGCAUCCUCAGCUUAGUAUUAAUAAUGGAGGAUUCAGAUAUGGAAGAGAGAAAAGAGACAUGCAUCUCAGCAAAAGUCUUGCUACAAAUGAUAGACACAUCUCCAUGGCUAAUGCUGAGAAUAAAUAAGCUCUCUAAAGAUCUUGACCAGGGUGCCUAUUCUCAGGAUAGACUACAAAACCACUUCGCAUCUAGAAAUGCUAGUAAAACAGAUGGAGAGGGGUAUCAGUACCCAACAAUGGAAAGACAAGGGAAGAACCAAAUUAACUUAGCACAAAGAUCUGAGGUGUUGAGAACAGGGCCUGAUAGAAACGGAUAUAAUUAUAGUAACGAGAGAAGCUUCGAUGAUAGAGGACAGAAGAGCUACCACAAUUUAAAGCAAAACUUAGAUAAUAGCGCCAGCAACCAUAGAGUAGGAGGAAAGAAGUUGUUUAGUCAGAACUUAAAAAAUCUGAACUAUAUCGAUUACUUGAAACAAUUCAAAUAAAGUUAUUUUCAACUAUAA